UCGAAAGUACCUUAAUAUGAUUACUGUUGAUUCCAAUUUUUAGUUAUCAUGAUUUUCACUUAUCCAUUGAUCAGUUUAAUUUUCCUUCUACAGUUAAAUUUGAUUGUUCAUGUUACUCCUCAAUAUCUUUCUCGUUUGCUUAAUCAUCAUCGACGAAACCAGCAACUAGUUAAACGCAACAAAUUAACAAUUAGCGAAGGUCGUAUUAGACUCGUUGGUGGAUCAACUCGAUCUGAAGGUAACGUUGAAAUUUAUCAUCUCGGUCGAUGGGGAACAAUUUGUGACGACGAAUGGGACGAAAAAGAGGCCAAAGUUGUUUGUUCGAACCUUGGUUACUCUACUAAUUUCUCAGCAAUUCCAACAAGUAAUUCACAAUUUGGUAAAGGAAGAAAAUUAAUUUGGAUGGACAAUUUAUAUUGCAAUGGAAAUGAAACUCGUCUUGAUAAAUGUCAAUUCGAUGGCUGGAAAACCCAUGAUUGUGUUUCCAAUGAAGCAGCCGGAGUUAUCUGUAAACCCAAUCAACAAUUAGCAAAUUAUGUUACUCAUUACAAUCAACAAUUAAUUGCUAGCAACGCACCGGAACAAAGAGUAAACAUAAUUAACAUGAACCAACCUGUUCCCAAACGAAACCAUCAAUUACAGGCAAAUGAAAUAAUGGAUAUCCGAUUAAAUGGCGGACGAACCAAUCAAGAAGGUCGAGUGGAAGUGAAAAUGACCAAAGGUAAUACUUGGUAUACUAUUUGUGGGAAUGGUUGGUCACUUUUAGAGGCAAUGGUCGUUUGCCGAUCACUUGGCCUUGGGUUUGGACAAUUUGCUUCGAUCGGUGAAUUUAACAGUAAUCAAAGUUCACCAAUUAUCCAACCAAUUUACUGUAAAGGUUACGAAUCAAAUCUUAAUCAAUGUAAAACCAGAACAGAUCAUAUCUCAUCGAGUUGCGGUCAAGCUAAUUCUGAUAUCGCUGGAGUCAUGUGUACAAAAGACUUACCCGAUCUUGCUCCAGAUGAAAAGGAGUUCGGAUCAUCCGUAUAUCUUGAGGAUCGGCCAUUAGGUUUACUUCAAUGUGCGAUGGAGGAAAAUUGCUUAGCGAGUGAUGCAUAUACAAUAGAUCGUCGAGGUCACGAUUGGAUUUACGAGACUCGAAGGUUAUUAAGAUUCACCACUCGAAUCGGAAACAUUGGUACAACUGAUUUCAUUCCCUUUCUACCCAAACAAGAAUGGGAAUGGCACUCAUGCCAUCGGCACUACCAUAGUAUGGAAGUGUUUGCUCAUUUUGAUUUACUUGAUCUAAAUGGUAAACGAAUCGCUGAAGGUCAUAAGGCAAGUUUCUGCCUUGAGGAUAACGAUUGUUCACCUGGUUCAAAGGUUAAAUACUCGUGUAAAAAUUAUGGUAAUCAAGGGAUUUCCGUUGGUUGUGUGGACAUUUACCUGUCCAGUAUCGACUGUCAAUGGAUUGACAUAACUCAUCUUAAUCCAGGAUCAUAUCAACUUAAGCUUUCGGUGAAUCCGGAAUUCAAAGUCUCCGAAAUCUCAUUUGACAACAAUGCUGCUUUAUGUUAUCUUCAUUACGAUUCAACGGCAAUCCAAGUUUACAAUUGUACUUUAACAAGACCUUGAUUUGAUUGUGGAAGAAUUUAUUUAUCGUAUAGCUGAAUAAAUUUAAAUGAAUGAAAAAGGAAAGGGAAAAGAGAGAGAUGAUUUUCAAGGGGUAUGGGAAAAUCUGACAAUUUAUCAAUUCUCAAUAAGAACGAGAAUUGAAGUCAUCAA